CCGUUACAAAGGGUAUGGCCAUUAACAUCUGAUUAACAUCUAUCCAUCCAUAGGACGGAUGCAUAUAUCCGUCUAUCUGUGCUUACAAUUCGUCGAAAAACGUGUUGGUGGUUGGUGGUUCCGUUUGGGGUCGGAGUUGCGCUCCACUUAAUAUUUAUCAAACAAUUAAUAGUUUCCUAAUGACCGGAAUGAAUGCAAUGAUAUCUAAAACAGCCCUGGGUGUCGCCGCCGGUGUCUGUGGCUCGCUUUUUGUUGCCUACUGCGUAUAUUUCGACAACAAACGGCGAAGCGAUCCGCUCUUCAGGCAAAAGCUCAAGGAACGUCGUGCCAAAGCCAGACAGCAGCAGGACCAAGCUCGUAGGGGAACUGGGAAGCUUCCCGACCUGAAGGACUAUGAAGCAGUGCAGAAGUUCUUCAUCCACGAGGUGCAGAUGGGAGAGGAGCUGCUGGCACAAGGAGAUGUGGAAAACGGGGUGGAGCACCUGAGCAGCGCGGUGGCGGUGUGCGGGCAGCCCCAGCAGCUGCUGCAGGUCCUGCAGCAAACCCUGCCCCCGCAAGUCUUCCACCUGCUGCUGCAGCGCCUGCCCAUCGUCUCCCAGCGCCUGGCUGACAGUGCUGGAGCGGCGGAUCCAUUGGUGGAAGACGACGUGGAGUAAGUGGAGCGUGCAGAGCGGCGGACACCAGUGCACAGUGACGGCGGACUUCUUCCCUUCCCGUUUCCUCGUCGAGCAAUGGUUGUGCACGCCUUGGCAGGACCCCAGGGUUGAAGCACCCCAGGGUUAUCUCUUCGUGGCAGUUGUUUUUGGAGCAGCACAUUGUUGUCGGUUUGCACCUGUUGGACUGAUGGGAAGUGGAGGCACUGGGGCAUUCCUCCUUUUUUGUAGUGCGAUUGUAGAAUUGUUGUACAAACAUCGGAGAUGUGGCACUACGAGGACGUUGCGAGCUGAGGGGGAGCUAGGGGCUCUGUAUUAGCGAUUCCGACAAAGCCGUUUUCCGAUCUGCUUUCACACAUUCAUUUUCUUGUUGUGCUGGGUGUGUGGUGUCUGUGGGGCCACAAAGGGAUUGCUGUGACUGCACUGAGGGAUAGAAGCAAACGGCCAAAAUUGAUAGAGCCAUCUACUUGUAACUGCACCUGACUUCACCGUGCCUGGCAGCCAGAAUAUGAAGCUGUGAAAGUAGAAUGAGGAGACAGUACUUAAAGGGAUGGUGAACUGAAAUUUGGAUUUCAAAAAAACAAUGCUGGAGAUGUAGGCGGGACGCUACAAUCCCUACAACACUACUAGGAAGGCGAUAUCUCAAAUGGACGGCCGUAUUUUUGGAAAAAGAAGUCAAGAUUGAACCAGGCCGACGAGACGUGUGACGUCAAGAUAUUUAGUUUUCUCUUCUCUUCGCUUCGCUCCCUCAAGGCCGCGAGGCAGAGAAGACGCGAGGCCGUUCCCUCUCCUUCUCGGAGAAACACAACGUCAACGUUCCUGCCAAAUGCGCCUCUUUUUUUGAAAAAUGCGGUCAUCCGUUCGAGAUAUCGCUGUAUGAGUGAUGUUUUGGUGUUUGUAGCAUCCCGUUGCACGCUUUUGCCGCGUGUUUUGGGGAAUCCAGAUUUCGGUUCAGCAUCCCUUUAACAUCAACUUUUUUAUGCAACACAUGGGCAGUGGUUAGUGGCAUAGCCAGGAAUUUUUUUUUGGGGGGGGAAGGGGGGGGGGGGCCCUGAGGUGGCUUGGAUGUUUAUGACUUGGGGUGCGGAGGGAAGGGGAAAUCAAAGUGCGUGUGUAUAUCGAAGGGUCGGCUGGAUUUGGGGGGGUGGUAAAGCCCCAUCGCCCCCCCCCCCCCCCCCCCCCAGACUAUGCCACUGGCAGGGGUAGCCCAGCUUACCAGUAGCAUCGGAAAAGGAAAAACAGGAAGGAGGGGGGGGGUCCAGCCUCCCUUUCCCCCAUCCAGAUAUUUCGGACUGUUAAAGAAAACAAAAUAGACUGCUAAAGCCAAAUGGUUAAUUGUGUAGGGCAUUGUGGAUACUAAUCUUACUUCACUGUACCCAGGGACAACUGCCUGGAGAAAUUCAGUCAAAGUACAGGAGCGUGUGCUUGAACGCCAAUUCAAGCUGGUCAUGUGCUCUCCUCUAAGGCAAUGCCACAGGAAGUUGUCCCUGAUUGUAGCGUUGUCCAACAAAAGUAGAUGCCAAGUUUGGAUCUUGUGUGCUAGGAAAGGUCUGUCUGCCACCUUUAUUGUACGUGUUGGUGAUGAUAUGUUGUGGGUCAAGAUUGGCAUUCUAGCCAUCACUCAUGAGGGCAUCAGUGCAUAGGCAAGGUAGUUAGCAAUUAGUAAUUAGCAUUAAGUUGGAGCAUGGCAUCAAUCCUGGGCACCUUUGUGAUUACAGAAGGGCAUUGAUUGUAGUUGAACGUAAGUGUUGCAGCAUAUGUUUAGGUUGGUCUUAGUAGAGAAGAAACGCAAGUCAAACCUCUUCUUCACUGUUGCGCAGGUAUCGAGCACGACUAAGAACAAGGUUCACUUUUUGAGAUGACCCUCGGAACGAUAGCACACCUACAAGUUUAGCCAAUCACUGCUGCACCAAAUCCCUCCUUUUGAGCGGCAAAUAAAUUUUUUCCUGCUAGUACUUUGUGGUGGGCAAGCUUAUGAUGAAGAAGAAAAAUGUAUGAUUGAUUGCUAAUGUGCCUUCUGUCUCAAUCUGCCAUGCGUCCUUGUCCAUAUGUUUGUGCAGUCAUUGCAAGCACAUGAAUGUUGCUUCGAAAUGCCGACAAUAAUAGUUGUCUAUCUUUUGAACUGCAAGCAAAAACUUCCUCGUUGACAGUCUGUUUUAUAAAUUUGUGCAUAUUUUUGGCGGUGUUCGAAGCAGGGACAAUGUUGUUGACACUGAAAUAUGUAGGAUGAUGAAACUUUUUGGGUUCCUCGUAAAUACAAAUCUUCGAAGUACACAAGAUUGAUCGUAGACAGGUGUUGAAAAACACAAGGACAAGAAGAGACGUAAACACUGGCACUGGCACACAGCGCCAGUGUUUAGCUCUCUUGUCCUUGUGUUUUUCGGCGGCUGUCUACAAUCCUGUUUCAACUGGCCCAAAUUGCCAUAUUAACGCAAGAUUGAGUCAGCCUUCUGAGGAAAGAAAAUAAAAGCACUGACCCCAUUGUCAA